AUGCGAAGGGGAUUGAGACAAGGUGACCCCUUAUCUUCGUUCUUGUUUCUAAUAGUUGUUGAGGGUCUGAAUGUUCUUUUUAGUACUUAUGUGGAAGCCAAUCAAUUCAAAGGUUUUGAGGUGGGCUCAAAUGAGUUCAUUGUCUCUCUUUUACAAUUUGCAGAUGAUACACUGAUCAUGGGAGAGAAGCGUUGGGUUAAUAUUAGAGCAAUCAAGGCUAACUUGUUGCGGUUUGAGCUUCAAAUUGGCCUAAAGGUUAAUUUUCAUGAAAGUAUGUUGGCAGGUGUUAAUGUUAAUAGUUCAUGGCUUCAAACUACGACAGAGAUUCUUAAUUGUAAGAUGAGAUGUGUCCCAUUCAAAUAUUUGGGGUUGCCUAUUGGUGAUAAUCUCCGGCGUAAGGUGUUUUGGAAACCUGUUAUUGAGAAGAUCCGCGCUAGUUAG